UGCGUGUAGGGCUGCGGAGUGCCUCGCCGGGAGGGAGGAAGCGUGUGUUCAGUUCAUUUUGGGGGGUUUCACUUGAUGAAAUUAGCAUAAAUAAUACCGGAUUUUCGUUAAAAAAAGGAGUGUUUCGUCCAGUAUCUCGAGUUGUACUUAACGGCUGUGUGGCGCAACGUUGUAAACACUGAGCUUAGGAUUUGUCACCUGGCUGCAGCAGCGACUUGUGUCUUGAUGAGAGUGGAGUCGCUAGGCAGUUGCCAAAGGAAAACAGGCAGUUGCUAACAAGUAGUUAGCAACUCAGCCAGUUAGCCCGACAGCUAGCCAGCUCUCCCUGCUGCUGCCACAGCAAGUCCCACCCUCACCAAGUGCGUGGACGUCGUAAGAGGCUGCAGCGGUGAAGUCGAGUGCUUUUUCCUCUCAACUUAGCCAGCAUCGCUGUACAGCUGGCUGGCGAGCUAAAAUAACCACCUGAACGUAAACUAGGCGACGCCAACGUAAAAUAGUUGGCUUUAACGUUGGACAAGUGUCUUCUGUGGAGUGAUACGGUCGCUACACUGGCAAAGAGACUGGCUAAAAAGAAGAGACGAAAUAAGAGAGAAGAAGGAAGACACCGAGAAGGAGGGGACUGGCUAGUUGAGCCGGGGAGACAGAAUCUCAUAUAGAUAGCAAACGCCGCCACCGAGCCACACACAGCCAUGAGUAUUGAGAUACCGGUGGGGUUGACAGAACUGCUGCAGGGCUACACUGUGGAGGUGCUGCGACAAAGGCCGUCAGACCUGGUGGAUUUUGCAGUACAGUACUUCACCCGUUUGCGGGACACCAGAAGCCAGGAUGGGGCCAGUGCUGGUGGAAAGACGGGAAAAGGGGUGAUGUUUGAUGGCGAGCCGAUGCAAACAGAGUCCAACGGAGAUGAUGAUGAAGAUGAUGAUUCUGACUUUGAGCCUCCCCCACCCAGCAGAUUCAACAGGAGAGUGUCAGUGUGUGCGGAGGCGUUCAACCCAGACGAUGACGAGGAGGACGCCGAGCCCAGAGUGGUUCACCCAAAAACAGAUGAACAGCGCUGCAGACUGCAGGAGUCCUGCCGAGAUAUUCUACUUUUCAAAACGCUAGAUCAGGAGCAGUUCUCAGAGGUGCUUGAUGCCAUGUUUGAAUUACGAGUUCAGCCCGCGGAGCACGUCAUCGACCAGGGAGACGAUGGAGACAACUUCUACGUCAUAGAGAGGGGGGUGUACGACAUAGUGGUAAUGGGGAAAACGGUGGGUCAGUAUGAUAAUAAAGGCAGCUUUGGGGAGCUGGCACUCAUGUACAACACGCCACGUGCUGCCACCAUCGUCGCCACCGAGGAGGGGUCGCUAUGGGGCCUGGACCGUGCCACGUUUCGUAGACUCAUUGUGAAGAACAAUGCCAAGAAGAGGAGGGUGUACGAGCAUUUCAUUGAGUCUGUGCCCUUACUCAAAUCACUGGAGGCAAAUGAAAGGAUGAAGAUAGUGGAUGUAUUAGGAUCAAAGCAGUUCCCAGAGGGUGAGCGCAUCAUCACACAGGGAGACAAGGCCGACUGCUUCUAUAUAGUAGAGAGUGGAGAAGUGAAGAUCAUGAUGAAGAGUAAAACGAAGGCAGACCAUGCAGACAAUGCGGAGGUGGAGAUAGCGCGCUGUAGCAGGGGUCACUACUUCGGGGAGCUGGCCUUGGUCACUAACAAGCCCCGGGCCGCCUCAGCCUACGCAGUGGGCAGUGUCAAGUGUGUGGUAAUAGACGUGCAGGCGUUUGAGCGCCUCCUGGGUUCCUGUAAGGAGAUCAUGAAGAGGAACAUCGCCCACUAUGAAGAGCAGCUGGUGGCCCUGUUCGGCUCCAGCAUGGACCUGAGAGACUGAACCUCCCACACCACCCUCCGUGCCUUCUAUUACACACACACACACACACACACACAUACAUGCACCACUCACACAUCCACACACAGACAUAUGUCCUCUCUCACAUCAUGCAGUGGUUAUACAGACUCAUAAUAAGCUUUACACGGGGCGUAGGAACACAUGAGAAAUUGCACCUGGCUCACCUAAAAGUACAUAAAUUCCCACACAAUAUGAACACACACUCACACACAUCUACAUGGACACCAUAGGCACUGAGAGAUGCCCACUUCACUUAGUCUGCCCAUCCUCGUGCACACACUCCUUGAUAAGCUCGCACACACACACAAACAGAACAAGGCCACACACAUUGUUGCUUGAGCCUGCUUCAAACCUCUCAGUAUGAAUGUCUUUGCUGCAAAGACCUUAAUACAGGUAACGCAGUGCAAGGACAUAAAAUACACUUAUGCACAAACUUCAUACACACGUUAAAAGACAAACACAUUUUCAUGCUUCAUAUGUGCAAGCUUUGCAUUCACAUGAGCACUUAUACAACUCAAAGUUGUUCCAACAAGCCUCAGCAAAAGACACAUCAACAUACAAACACACACUUGCGCGCACACAGGGGUACUGACACAUACACUCAAAACACAUAGGCAACCACACUUGCAAAAACGGACACAUUGUGGUAAAAAUGGAGACGAAAAACUUUUAAAAUCUCUGAAAAGGAAAAUUAAUCAAAAUGCAAAAAAAGAAAGAAAAGUUUAAAGAAGACAGAUAAGUUUUAGAAACGUUUUAUGAAGAUAAAAAAAACAGAAGCUUUGAUAAAAUAUUAUUUAAAUAAAAAAAAGUGUUUCCUCUUUGGGAGGCCGGGGUGCAGAACUUUGUGAACGCGCUCCCUUUCUUCCUCUACUGUUGUUGAUUGAGUUGAGUUAGUGCUGGUGAUUAUUGCAGUACCACAGAAGAAGCAGUGAAAACAAUAAAAACCCUACGUUUUCUGGGCCAUUGUUAUUCUAUCAUUGAUGCCACACUUCAUUGUAUUGAAUUAAUUAUUAAUGUAUUGUUAUUAUAUAUUCAUUUAUUAUUUUUGUUUUGUUUUACUUUGACCAAUUCUGAUAAAAUUCACCAUCCAUCUCUGACAAAAUCUAUAAAAAAAUCUAAUAAAAACAUUAGUGCUUAUUUCUCCUUGAUUAUCCUUGAAUGAGUUGUCCUGGAUAAAGAAAAAAAUGAAAAAAAUAAAGCAAACAUUUUGUUAAAAA